AUGUCUGGACGAGGAAAGGGAGGAAAAGGACUUGGCAAAGGAGGAGCAAAGAGGCACCGAAAGAUCUUAAGAGAUAACAUCCAAGGCAUCACCAAGCCAGCCAUCAGACGUCUUGCUCGACGAGGAGGUGUCAAGCGUAUCAGUGGACUGAUCUACGAAGAGACCCGAGGAGUGCUCAAGAACUACUUGGAGAGCGUGAUCAGGGAUGCUGUAACCUACACCGAGCACGCCAAGAGGAAGACCGUUGUAGCCAUGGACAUCGUCUACGCCCUCAAGAGACAAGGCAAGACCUUCUACAACUACAACACGAUGUCAGGCAAAGGAGGAAAAUCGAAGAGCGGCAAAGUUGGAGCCAAGGCCAAGACCCGAUCAAGCCGAGCUGGACUGCAGUUCCCUGUUGGAAGAAUCCACCGAUUCAUCCGCAAGGGCAACUACGCUGAGCGAGUUGGCGCUGGAGCCCCAGUCUACCUUGCUGCUGUGCUCGAGUACUUGACUGCUGAGAUCCUUGAGCUGGCUGGCAACGCUGCCAAAGACAACAAGAAGUCCAGGAUCAUCCCCAGACACUUGCAGUUGGCCAUCAGGAACGACGAAGAGUUGAACAAGCUGCUCCACGGAGUGACCAUUGCUCAGGGCGGUGUGCUGCCAAACAUCCAGGCUGUGCUCCUACCCAAGAAGCAGUCUUCGUCUCAGCCCAAGUCUGACAAGAACGGAAAGGCAGUCAAGAAGGCAGGCAAAGCCCAGAAGAAGCCCACUGGAGACAAGAAAAAGAAGAAGAAGAGGCGAGAGACCUACUCUCUCUACAUCUACAAGGUGCUGAAGCAGGUCCACCCUGACACCGGCAUCUCAUCCAAGGCUAUGUCGAUCAUGAACAGCUUCGUGAACGACAUCUUCGAGAGAAUCGCCGGUGAAGCUUCAAAACUGGCCCACUACAACAAGCGAUCAACCAUCUCUAGCCGGGAGAUCCAAACCGCAGUCAGACUGCUGUUGCCCGGAGAGCUGGCCAAGCAUGCUGUCAGUGAGGGAACCAAGGCCGUCACCAAGUACACCAGCUCCAAAAUGGCCCGAACGAAGCAGACUGCACGAAAGAGUACCGGAGGAAAGGCACCCAGGAAGCAACUGGCUACCAAGGCUGCAAGAAAGAGCGCACCUUCCACCGGCGGUGUGAAGAAGCCUCACCGAUACAGACCAGGAACCGUUGCCCUGAGGGAGAUCAGGAGAUACCAGAAGUCCACUGAGCUGUUGAUCCGAAAGCUGCCCUUCCAGCGACUGGUCAGAGAAAUCGCCCAGGACUUCAAGACUGACUUGCGGUUCCAGAGCACUGCAAUCAUGGCUCUGCAGGAAGCCAGCGAGAGCUACUUGGUCAGCCUGUUCGAGGACACCAACUUUACAACUGCAACUACCAUGUCUGGACGAGGAAAGGGAGGAAAAGGACUUGGCAAAGGAGGAGCAAAGAGGCACCGAAAGAUCUUAAGAGAUAACAUCCAAGGCAUCACCAAGCCAGCCAUCAGACGUCUUGCUCGACGAGGAGGUGUCAAGCGUAUCAGUGGACUGAUCUACGAAGAGACCCGAGGAGUGCUCAAGAACUACUUGGAGAGCGUGAUCAGGGAUGCUGUAACCUACACCGAGCACGCCAAGAGGAAGACCGUUGUAGCCAUGGACAUCGUCUACGCCCUCAAGAGACAAGGCAAGACCUUGUACGGAUUCGGAGGUUAA